AUGAAGACCAUCUGGAACGAUAAUCAUAUCUCUCUAAGUUCAAAGAUCAGACUAAUGCGCUCCCUGGUUAUCUCAGUACUGUUGUACGCCUGCGAAAUCUGGACAUCGACAGCGGACAUCCUGAAGAAAUUGUAGGCCACUGAGAUGUAGACUGUUCACAGCCCUCUAUUUUCCCGUAAGAUUGUCGAGAUCGAUUGGGUUACGGGCUACCAUCUUCCAUGAGUGUCAAAACUACUUAGGGGGCGGGGGCGGUUUAGGAGAAAAUAAUUGUAAUCCCCGACGCCCGCCCCCUCGGUACAUUUAAAAAUCAAGGUAGCCGUCAUUAAAGGUAAGACGUGCUACAUCUCGACGAUCUCACGAAAAAAUAGGGGACUCUGAACAGUCUAAGUGAGAUGAGAUGCUUUAGAAAACUGCUUGGCAUCUCAUACAGAGACCACAUCACCAAGGAUGCAGUCAGAAACGGAAUCAGGCAAGCCGUUGGGCCCUAUGAUAAUAUGUUAACCACGGUAAAGAAACACAAGUUAAAGUGGUUUGGGCAUGUAUCAAGAUCGGCAGGGCUUGCCAAGACAAUUUUGCAAGGAACAGUGCAUGGAGGGAGAAGAAGAGGCCGAAAAAAGGUUGAAGUUUUGCAACACCGUCAGAAAAUCUGAAAACAAAAUCAAAUGGAGGGAAAGGGUUGCUAUGUCCGUGGCGCCCCAACGGUCACCAUGACUACGGGAUAGGUGCAAUAUAAUGUGCAAGGUAAUGCGAGCAACGGCUCCCGUCUCGCGGCGGAAUCGAUGCUGUCCCCAUAAGAAGUCCACCGGAGGGCGGUAACUGUGGUGAGCCUCGGUGACUACGAGAUAAUUUCGCAUGAAUGAGAGACCGAGUCAACUGCGGUACAUCAGGUUCGGGCAGAUGCCUCUUUAUCCUUACCCGGAAAGCCGGAAUCCAUCUUAGUAGAAGAAGGGAGACUCCGAACUGGUGUAGCCAUUGUGCUAGAAAAAACAUCUUUAUUGGCAUCUGGACUGGAGAACCUUAAGAAAGACAGGGAAAUUGAAAGAACUGACAUAUGGGCAGGUACCGCUGGAACAUCUUAG